UUGUUGGAUGCAAGCUGCCGUUAAUAACUAAGGAAGAAGAAGAAGAAGAAGAGCCAAUCGAGCGUCGCGUUGUUGACGACCCGGGAGAAACAAAACUAGCUAAAGGAAAAGGAAAAGCGGCAGAAGAAUGAUUCAUACGAGUUAUGUCUCUUUGUGGAAAAGAGGAUAAAGGAGUGUUAAUAGAGCUUCGACUUUUUAAACAAUCAAUUCGGCUUCUUUAAAUUUGGCGUUGUCACAACAGAGAAACUCCUUCGUACCUUUUUGGGAAUAAAGCGGGGAUUGGUAUCAACGGGCUCUUCUUUCUUUUACAUCUAUUUAAAAUGUUGUCUACUGGAGAUGUUCAAGGUUAUCUCCGUAAACUGGAAGCUCUCCUGCGAGUGAUCAAGUACCCGGGAUACGUCGACUACAAUGGGCUGUCCAAAGGAGAUCCAUCAGCUUUUCUGCCAAUACUGAGUUUCACUCUCACCUCCUUCUCUCCACCUUUUGCUGAGCAACUGAUGGCAGCUGGUUUAGAGCUGACGGGUAAAACUGACCUCCGCUUUACAGAGGCCGUUUAUAAGGUGUUACGAGAUAUCUUCCAGUAUAAGCCCUUGCUGACCAAGCAGCAGUUCCUGCAGUGGGGCUUCUCUCAAAGGAAAAUCUCUGUCAUCUGUGACAUUAUUAAUUUGGUCCUGCAGAAACACAGCCAGCUGAAGAAGGUAUCCAGGAAGUCAUUUGUCAUACAUCACAUGGAAAAUCCUAUGACAUCUCCCACAAACUCCUCCCAUACUGAACCAUUGUCCUUGUAUAAUGGAACAUGUGCCUCUGGUGACGUACACUCCCCUGAUUCUUCCAGCAGUGACGCUGCAGAGCUGCCAGGAAAAGAGGAUAAGGACAACAGCCUCCAUAAUGUGGGAGAAGUCGUCACCGUAUCCAGAGAAAGCUGGGAAAAGCUGAUAAGCAGAGUCCUGCUGUUGGAAACAAAAUUCGAACAGAGAAAUACAGAGGUGCACAAUACACAGCCAUGCCAGUCGUCUACCUCAUCACAUGCUUCCAGUUACACAAUUGAUCCUUCAAAGGAAGAGUGUAAAUGGGCUACUGACGGGAUACAAAACGUUGCCAACUUUGGCAAAACCAAGAAAAGAGAGGACUACCUUGAGUGGCCAGAGUACUUCAUGGCUGUGGCUUUUCUGUCAGCACAAAGAAGCAAAGACCCGAGCUCCCAGGUGGGAGCAUGUAUAGUGAACCAGGAGAAUAAGAUAGUGGGCAUCGGUUACAAUGGUAUGCCUAAUGGCUGUAAUGAUGACCUGCUGCCAUGGUCUCGCUCUGCUGAUGACCGGCUUGACACUAAAUACCCUUAUGUGUGCCACGCAGAGCUGAAUGCUAUUAUGAAUAAGAACAGUGCUGAUGUGAAGGACUGCACCAUGUAUGUGGCGUUGUUCCCCUGUAAUGAGUGUGCCAAGCUCAUUAUUCAGGCAGGUCUGAAGGAGGUGGUGUAUCUUUCUGAUAAGUACCAUGACACACCUGAAAUGACUGCUUCCAGAAGGCUGCUCAGUAUGGCAAAGAUCGAGUGCAGGCAGUUCAAGCCCAAGAGGACUGAGAUUGUCAUUGAUUUUAGCUCCAUUAACUGCUCUGGAAUGCUGAACUGUGCAACCAAGUGAAAAUGCAAAUGCCUCACCUUGGGGAGCUGUUGAAUGAGGCAGUGAGUCAAAGGGACUUUGAUGCCUCUUUUUGUGUUUGUCUUCUCGCCUCCUGCUUUGUCCAAAGGAAAACUCAAGGAUAACCUGACUUUGGCAUCUUAGAUAUUUUGAUUUGCUGCUUUAACGUUUUUCUUUUAAAACUUCCUCUGGGUCAAGGAAUUCAUAAGGCUUAUGAACAAACUGUUGUGAGUAAAUCAGAAAUCUGUUUCUGUCAAGCUUCCAGGCUCGUUCUCCUCCAUGAAGAUCACUUAACCUUUGUUCACAUUCACAGCUGAGACUGGGAGAUGCUGUCAUUACUGCUGGCACUCGGAGCUUCAGCAUUCAGUAUUUUAUCACUACUUCCCUCCUCUCGGCUGAUGCCACCUCUACAAUACUGGGCUUUAAUAUUGUUAAUACGAGUUAGCUUCAUGCAGCUGAGCCUCAUCACUCAUUAGAGCCAAAUGCUAGUUUUAAUUAAGCAAACAAGCUGUGAAAGGCUGAUUGUGUAUUUUUGUAAAUAUGAUUACUGCAGAUCCAGGUGACGUAGGUGCAGCGACUAAAGAUCUUGGAUGAGGUCGAAUCCUGGUGACCUCAACAUCUGACCUCAAAGUCGGUGUCAGAGGUCAAGUUUUAAGUCUUGGUGAUAAGUCAGGACGAUUUCCCCGUGUAUGUAGUGCAGCUGCAUCUACUACAGGAUGAGGUGUGACGCUGGAAGCUGCCAAUAUUAUUUGCAAUUAAGUUCAUCAAACCUGUUUACCAAAAGUAAUGUCUGUAAAUUUGACCCCAUCCCUGACGUUUUACUUCUACUCUUUAAUGCCUCCUCUGUAGUGAAGAAUGUCUUUACUGCAGCUGGAGUCAAGUGUCAGAAACAAGAGCACACCGUUGUUAUUUUGGACCUUUGUAACAGAAUGUUUGAUUGUACCACAGUAAAUCUUUCAUUCAUUAAACACGCGUGAAAACGAA